AUGAAUGAUCCUCUUGAAGAAACAAUUACAAAUGUCAAAUCGAUUAAUUCUGAAAUUGAAACCACAAAUAAUAAUAAUUCUCUUGAAGAAACUGAGAAUGUGAAAUCAGUAAACUCAAAUCGCAAUGUAACUUAUACUCCUAGGACCCGUCCAAUCGAUGACAGCACGGAAUAA